GUCCCGCCUCCCGGCGCCUCCUCCCCCUCACGGCGCGGAGAGGGGUCCGAUCCCCCCGGGCGGCCCGAGGGUGCCCCGAGGAAGGUGUCCCCGGCCCGGGAGCAGAGCAGGCAUCUGGGCAGCGACUUUCCUGGCUACCAGCGCUUCGGGAAAGUGGCCGCGGAAUCCGGUUGGUGUCCCGGGGAGGGUCCGUCGCGGUGCCCGGGGGCAGAGCCAUUCCCUGCAUCCCGCAGCACCCCGCGGGGACCAUGGCUCCCGGGCGCAGCCCCUGGCCGCUCUGCCUGCUGCUGGCCACUGGCGUGAUGCCCACGCCUCCCCCGAGCGGGGAGUGCUCCGCGGAAAAGAUGGGCGAUGCCAUCGUCGACAUCAACUUAUCUCUGCCCCAAGGCAUCCGCGGGGCAGAGCCCAUGUUCGCGCCGAGCCCGGAGGCUUGCGUUCGCGCCUGCUGCUCGGGCGAAAAGCCGCCAGGAGACAAAAAGUGUAAUUUGAUGAUUUUUGAUAGUCGAAGGACAAGCGCACAUCCAAACUGCUACCUGUUUUACUGCCCUAGCACAGAGGCUUGUCCAAUGAAACCUUCUACAGGAUAUGUGAGCUACAAGAUAACUAGAGACACCCAUGCCCUGGAGGACAUAACCUUCAAAAGUGAGAACUUUUCUUCGCAUGAGUAUUCUUUGCCUUCAGAUGAUGGAGCCUUUAUUUCUCACAGUCAGGAAACCCAGCAGAAUCGUACAGCUGCUUUGCAACAGUCUGUCUUUCAUCAGGCAUCUGAACUCCUGAACCAUAUGGCCAGGCAUUUAGACAACAAUGAAGCUCAUAAUGUUUUUCCUGAAUCUCAAAGGGCAGAACAUCCUGAGACCUUAGACUCCAUCCCGAGGCAGAAAGUAAUUAACCUGUGGUCAAAUACAUCUUCAACUGUUCAAAUUGGAAACACAUCUGCUUCAUUCCUCACCCCUCAGUCUAGUGUUCCUGAACCCAAUGGUACUAUUCUUAGUCCUCUGCCUACAAGCACCACCAGAUUGGAAUCUCGUACAACCUCUGUCCCUGCUGGCAGUGUUAGACCUACUGCUGUCGCCACUGCCACAGCUACCUUUCUACCUACUGCAAACACUAGAGCUAAACUUGGUAUCCCUCCUGCCACUAUCACUGUUACUCAUGUUCCUCUUUCCAGUCCCACAACUUCUGCUUCUACUUCAACAACCAAGCAGGUGACCGCGAAUUCCAGAUCUGCUACCACCCCAUCAGGGCUAAGAGGUCCAGCCAUCCUUCUUGAGCCAACAGUUGUCUCUUCCAACGAUACCAGUCAUGUUACCCUCCUCUCUUUUCCAGGAGUCACUCUAUCUGCUAGUGAUUCCUCUACAGCUCCCCAGAACGACUCUCAGGGUUAUGAACAAUCUGAUUUAGAAAGUUACUUGCCAGAGAAUGUUCCGAGAGGGAAAGGUGUCAUUCAUCUGGGAGAAAAAAACAGCCUUGUAGUAGCUUUGCUUUUUGGGGUGAUAUUCUUGUUACUAGUUAUUGCAUUGACGGGAAAGAAAAUACAUGAAUCUCUUCAGAAGAGACAUUAUACCAGGCUGGAUUACUUAAUCAAUGGAAUUUAUGCUGAUGUAUGAUGGGGAGAGAGAAUAAGGUUGUGAGCAGCAUCUCUCAUCUUUGAGAGGACAACUGUGAAACAGAACAGUAGAUACUGAAAUCUCAGAAGAGGAUAGAUUCCGCUUUUGGCCACUAAUUAGGAAGUGGCAGAUGGCUUUGGCAGAAAAAAACCCUGCUUUUUCUAAGCUGAACUGUAAUGUCUAUCAUUUUUGAUUUAUUACUAAAUCCAGAAAAUAAACGCUAAAAUUCAAGUUAAGCUAAGAAGGUCUUAAUAUUUAAGGAGAAAAAGCAUUUGAAGAGCUUAAUCUGUACUGUCACAAGAUUAGUGGAAUAGAAGUACACCUAAUAAAUUGAGUACCUGGGCAGAACACGAGUGGUUUCCGUGCUGUUUGCACCCAAGUGCCCUAGUGUUAAACAACUGUCUGGUAAUAGUGUUUAUCUGUAGCCUUAAGAGAGUACUUGUAGUAGAGCUCUGCAUCCAAAUGGUUUUAGGUAUGAAGAGUAAAAAUUGCAGUACACGUAACAUAGUUGGCUUAAUUUUCCUUAGCUGCGUAUGAUUUAUGGAUAUAUAUGUAUCUUUAAUGUUUUUUUCUGCAUACAUCAGAAGCUAUUCUUGAAACCAUAUGCUGCAAAUUUGAGUUUUCCUUUCUUAAAGAGCUCACCACCCUGCAGCACACUGGGUUUUUGUGGUAUGUAUUAGAGAGAAAGAGGUUUUGUCGUAUGAAAGUAAAGCAAAUUGCAGUCAAGGUCUUUCAUGACAAAUGUAGCAGAGCAGGUAGAAACUUGUGAAGGGGCUUAGCUGUAUUAUAAGGCAGAAGAUGCAGAAUGAUUUAGUAGUGGAUUGUUAUGGUCGGAGUUGAUGAUCUCAAAGGUCUUUUCCAACCUAUGAAAAGGUGGGGUCUCCAUUUGCUGAACAUCUAAAGGGAUCGAAGAGAAGUAACGAAGUUUUAAAAGAAAAUGGUGGCUAUGUAGGAGUGUGCCAACCUCAAAGACAUUUCCUGCAGUCAGUGGGAGCAGAUGAACAAGGUUGCAUCAUUUUCAUGUUUCUAGUGUUCUUCUUCCCUCACCAGGAUGAUGGGUCUCAAUAGAGCUGCUUGCAACAGUGCUGGACUUGCUGUCCCUCCUGAACUCACAGUGCUCUUACUGGCUUUCAGAGGACACUUCUUCACUUCUGGGGUCAUCUUCAUGUGACUGGUAAUAAGAAUAGCUGUUCUAUAUGUUACUCUGCUGCUGGAACAAGAGGCAAGUUAGAGUAUGUUUGUGCAUUUGCUGUUUGCUACACCACUUCUAGUUCGUAUUAUUCAUGUUUCCCUUCACAUAAACUUAGUCUAAACCUGUUUUUAGAAUGAAAUGCUAGAUUUCAAAAUAUCUGUGUGGCAGACAACAUAAUCAACAACAGCAUCAAGACAGAGAAGGGUGGAUGCCUUCAUGAAUGCAAGGAAAUAAUUAAAUUACAAAAUACAAAACGUGACUCACGUCCAAGAGGUUCUUAGAUCUGUCAAGUUCAGUGCAGUGGGAAGCAAACGUGAUCCAAAAAUGGCCUCAAGGCAAGUUUUCUGAGAGCUCUAACAACAACUUUUUAUGCAGAAAAUUCUUUAAAAAUUCCGUUUUCCAAAGAUUAAAGAAAAGUCAGUGUUUCUUAUGUCAAGAAGUUGAAUUCUUACUAUAUGGGGGCUGCAAGUUGCUUUAUAGAUACAAAACCAUCUGGUCUUCUACACUGCUUAAGUCUGACAAUGCUUAAUCGAAAAACAUUCUGGAUAACCUCUUAAAAAUGAACAAAAUCACAAAGCAAAAGUAUCUCAAGUUCAUCAGCUUGUCUGUUUAACUUCAGCUUAUUACAGGAGAUGUGCUGAGAACAACGCCUGAAUCCUCACUGUGUGUUUCUGCUGUCAUAACAAAUUUGUUGGAGAGAGAGAUGGUUGGUAUUAAUUUAUACAGUCAAUACAGCAGGGAUACAUUCAAGAGACAUCAGGCAGAGAUAUCUUGGGGUCAUUCAGAGUACUGGGCACGUAUUUGGCUAAUAUCAUUAGAGACAUCACCCUCCAACUGGAACAGCACCACCCAUCAAGCAAGGUGAAUGGCAGAAGUAAAGCAGAGAGGUGCACAGUUACCAUGACUAAUUUAGUGAGGAUGCUGAGCAGAGUGGCCUUUCAAUAUUUUUGAAUGAAACGACUUUCAAAGUUCUUAUAUUAAAAAUUCAUUUGUAUGCUUGAGGAAAAAAAAAAAAAGGUUCUAGGCAGCUGUACUGAAACACUUAACUUCCCCCUUCCCCCAACUAUUUGUCUUGUUGGAUUAAGAGUAGAUGGGGAAUUGUUAGAUGACCAGUUUGGAUCUUCCUAGAGGGGCAUUUACAAGCUGUGUGUGAACACUAGAGGGCAACAACAGUUUAUUAAGUAGAAUUAACUAUUUCUGAGCAUGCCAAUUUAAAUGUUUUAAUUAGCUUGGGUUUUAAUUUUCCAAUCCAUGACAAUUUCAUUGAAAAAUGGUUUUAUAGGAAAGUUGUUUUGUUUAUUGGAAUGUUCAGGGUGGAGGAUUAUAUAUGCAUGCUUUUAAAACUUAUUACUAUAUUUUAUAGUGGUAGUGAAAAGCUGUAGAAGACAAACCAAAGCAUAUUAACUUCUCUAUUUUAAGUAAUGUUCAGUCAGAUUACACUGUUAGUCACUGGCAUUGCCAGUUAACAGAGCUGGAGAGAGAGAUUUCCUAUCAUCAUUCUUUCAACUAUCCUGCUUAAUUAUAUGCAUUUGCAGAUCUUAUUUAUUUGUUUAGGUAACACUCCUGUAUCAUGAAACAGAAAUGAGUGAGACAGAGUAACUGUAAAAAAUCCAUUCAGUUUUUUAUUCUUCUCAACACUGUUUAUCUAAAAUUUCUGUGCACUCUUCUAUUUUUCUAUUGCCAUCUCCUAUGGCCUUAACUGUGCACCAUGCUCCUGCCACUGAAUCAUCAGCCAUCACGAUAUGAUGGCAACUUGUGUAUUUAUGGUGGCUCUUUCUGAAGGUAACCAGUUAUCUUAUGGGCUGAGGGCAAAAGCUGAUUGACUUUAAUCAUCCACAGAGUGUAAUAAAUACUGUAGCUGCUUGUUUUCAUGUUGUUGCUUUAUAGUGCUAAGCAAAUACUAGGUGUGUAAAUAAAAACUAUCAUGAACCAAACUGUUCUAUGGUAUUGUACAGUAAGGCAAACAGAAAGCCCAAAUUUUAUAAUCUCUGCAAACAAUCAUAAAGAAAUAAAUUGGAGAUCUAGUUGAGAUGUAUGAGAAAAGCGCAUACCUCAAAGGACUGCAAACCCAGUCUGGCCCGUUCUCCUCAAAUAGCACUUCAGUUUAUCGUAAUUUCUGUAGGAGUAGGAAAUGCUUAUACUCAAGACUCUUUCAUGUGAAAUUACUAACCAACCAACCAAUACAAACAAACAAACAACCCCCCAAAAUAAUUACAUGAGAAAACAUUUGAAAAACUGAAUCUUAUUUUUUCUCCUCCUACAAAAACAUCUUAGUGGAUUUGAAUCUGAUGACACCAUUAGAUAAUGCUUUGAUCCCACCAUCCCACACUCCAUGCUGAUGCAAAAACAGAGUUUAAAGUGCUAUUAUUGCAGACAACACUUUCCACCCAGCACCCCUUCAUACAGUGGAGCUCUACAUUGUGCUCUGUUGUGCUCCUGAAAUUGGCCUGGUCUGCUGGGCCCUUCCUAUGCCUUACUUAUUGUCUCAUAUAGGUAAUAAAUCUCUCUGCCUGCCUGUUCAUAGAGAGUUAUCAGAUAGCUGCAUACCCUCAUCAUUCAGAAGCCUUGCACAACCUUUCAGGGGUGUACAUUUUAUUCCCAGAUGCUUUACCAGCCUCUAGAUGGGUAGGUCUCUGAAAGGACUGGGAUAUAAAUGGAAAUUUUUCUUCAUCUUCAGGAACCCUUACACUCACUCUUAGUCUCACAGUCUAAAUUUGCUUUUUUUUCUAGGUCUUCACUUCUUGAGGGUAUCAAAGUGCAAAGCAUAAAACUGCCGUUCUUUUCCAUUUCUACUGAGUAAAUACUGUAAACAAUGACUAAAUACUUUUAAAUUUCAGUACAACUCAGAGGACAGCUGUUUUCUGCAUAUUAGCUCACUUAAAAAAGAAAUCAAAUGGUUGUGCCUUGACUUCUAUUCUGCUACUCCUCUCCUUCCAACCUAUAAAAUGUCAUUGGCUUAAAUGCCAAAGGAGUCUGGAUAUGCCAUGUCUGAGGUGAUCUCUCUUUCUUUUGGUUUGGUUUGUUUUGUUUUUAGUAGAAAAUUGAAAAUUCCACCAUACUGAGAACACCCAGGAAUAGGCAUCAGAUAAUUUGUAUUUUCUCAGAGAAAUUUAACAAGAGGUUAACAUCUAGUACAACUUCAAGAUGUUGUAGGUUGGACUGGCUAAACUAUAGGCAUGUUUUGAAACAUUCGCUGAUUUGAGCAGUCACUCUGGAGACCACAAAGGCAUUUCUUCAAAGUGCUAGGAUGCAAAGGAUGGCUAUACAAGGUCUAAGUGCUUAUAAGGUUCUUUGGUACCUGCCACAUAGAGAUUCAGCUGAGUUCUGGCUGAACAUUCAAAAGCCACCAGGAGCUGCACCCGAUUUUCUCUGUCCUCCACUUACUCUGAAAAUAGGAUGUGAUCAGUGGUGCUUGGACCUUGACGUUUUGACCUAUGCAUCUGUUCUCAACAACACCUAGACUGAAAAUACGCACAGAAUUCAAAUAUUUAUUGUUGCAGAAAACCCCUCACAAUGACACAGAUUUCCUAUAGGCUUGCCUAGUUAGGUUUUUUUAGCUUGUUUAUUUAAUUUUUAACCUUUUCUGUUUGCUUUCAUGAGAAAGCCUUUUUUUUUUCCUACUCUUAAAUCCAGGCUCCACUGACAUUACUGAAAUCCCGUGUAAGGAUUUGGAUCCUCAAAGUAAGGAUCCAAGUAAGCUUGGAUCCUGCAAGCAAGUUGUGAAUAAGAUGAUCCCUUUACUUCAGUGGCCAUAUGCUGCUCUGUCUUUGUGCAUGCAACUCCCAUUGAUGGCAGUGGGAGGUCCUCCAGCACACAGUUUAUAUAGCUCUAAGUCAAAUCCUCCCACUUGGUGGCUCAUAAUUUUCCAAAACAAUUGCCUUUUAGGAUGACAGGACUUCUCAGCCCAGAAGUAAAAUUUCUCAAAGAAUCCCAAAACCACUUUCCCAGCUGCUUCUGAUUAUUUAACUAUGACAAUGUUGUCCAUAUUUUGUUUCAGGGCAUGCAAUAAGGAGUUCAAAUGUUUUUUCACCAUGUGAUAACCCAGGCACUAUUUCUGGAAAGUCUCCAGAUUUAGCACACGCAAUAUGUUGCCUUUACAAUGUUUUAGAAAGGGCAAAAAAAAGAAUUUGUUUGGGAGGUACAGUUUCGAACAAGUGAGAACAGCUUGUGCUAAGCUGCUGGCUACUAAACUUAACAGUAUACCCAUGUAGCUUUCCUACACUGACAAAUACAUAAAGUGAGGGCACACUCCAUGCGAGUGAACCUUGUAAAGGACGACAGGGUUUGAAAAGUGACAGGCCUGAAUGCUGAAGCCUAUCUACGUGCUAUGUCUAGAAGAGAGAGGGUAGGUAAGCUUUUCCAGAAAUAUGUUGGAGUUUCCAUCUCAAGGGUGAGUUUAAGGGUAGUUUGUGUGCCGCUAGUGACAGCAAACUUCUCCACUGGCUGCCUCACCAAUUGACAACAAAAGUAAUUUCUGGGAACUCACUCUGCGUACAACAGCAAUAGCAAAAAGAGCAACUAAUAUAGUGCAUAUGUGCCACAAGCAGUUACAGUGCAGUUUACUUCCUUUUAUUUGGAGCAUCACCUGGCUUUGUAAAACAUCAGGGGUCGGGAAUAUAGAAGAAGGUUGCUCUGGGCAGCAAUCCAGAUGAAGUCCAAGAGGGUAGAUGCAGCAGUGAGGGUCCACCAUCCUGCACAACAGCAAGUCACAAUGCAUCAGCCGGCAAGUGAGACACUGGUCCUUGCACCUGUUCUGCUGCGUUCUGACACCUAGGGUCCAGCUGAGACUGUAGAAAGAAAGGAGGCUUGAAAGGUGAAUUAAAAAGAUGAGUCUUGUUUUGGGGGUAAAGUCUAUGACCUUGUAACUGACCCUGAUUUUUUUUUUCCAUUUGUUAAUUUUCACCUGACUGAAUGUUGAUUAAGUCCUAACUGCAAACCACCUUCGGUGCAGAUCUCGUAAUGGACCAAGUAAAGCAAGAUAGAUCUCUCUAGGAACGACUUUGUGAUUUUCUCAUUUGGCUUUUAACCUAAAAUGUAACUAAUCUUGUUCGAAUCUUUAACUAAGCUCAAUUUGUAUUUAGUUUACCCUACUAACAUCAGUUGUGCAAACUCAGUAUCUGUCCUCUACGUUGUUUUUCUGCACAGCUAUUCCUUUGCCUAUCUAACAUUGAUCAAGAGUAAAGGGUUUGUACAGGGAAAGAAAAAGGUCAUUUGUCCUUUUAUUUGCUAGGUUGUGUUUUGCUUUAGUUUUCAGAUCUUCUUGUUUAAAACUGAAUAGUAUUUUAAACUUGAAUUUUGAUGUUCUAAACUUUCUUUUGAAAUGGUAUCUAUGUAGCAAAAUAAUAAAUGGGUGACUCAUAUGUCAAGGACCCAGGGCUGCAUAAUGUUGAGUGCGUAUUGCUCAUGAAAAUAUCCUUCUAUAUCUAUUGAAAUACAUAACACUGUAUCACCGAAAAAGUGUUUUGGUCCCUGUUUGUCUCAAAAAGCCAUGACAAGUGUUAUAGCUACACUAGAGGCACAAGUGUUAAAUGUUUUCUGUUCAUGGGUAUAUAAACCAUGGCACACACUUAAUGGAAAGAAUAAUAAAAAGAACUGGCAGAUGCAUAGGUGAGCACUCCAAACCUUCUGUGCAGAAACU